AUGGAAAGUUUCACUAUUUUUUAUGUUUCGUUCCUCCAUCUUCUUCCUCAAAUGAAAAUGAAGGAAAUACUCCAAACUCUGAUGCCGAAAUCAAAGAUGGAUGAUGAAGCAACAUGGGAAGCCUUGGAGGAAUCAAAUUGGGGAAUGGAUUUGAUGAUAUGCAGGCUUAUCAACACCGAGGAGUUUAACGUUUUGGAAGUGAACCGGCACCGCUGCUCACUCUUCGCUAUCAACCUUCGUCGUCGUCGCAGAUUGAGUGCACGGAAAUUGUUCUUCUUCUCUUACAACCUUAUGUCGCUCUCAAUGGUAUAA